AGAGCAUUCAGGUGCAUUUAAAAGCCGUUAAAUAUCGUAAUCAGCGUCAGUCUUCAAUGAGAUCUCAUCUACAGCAGUAUCAACUGCCACCACUUGGGAUUUAACAUCUUUUAGAGGCAUAUUUCGGAGAGAUACAUCGGAAGUGUGAUAUUUGUGGAGUUAUUUUAGUGGAUUGGAGCUUUGAGUUUUUUUGAGCUGUUGCACAGUCGAAAGGACACAGCAGCAUGUCUAAUCGGUGGCAAGUGGAAUUACUGGUGUUUGUUGCACUGAUCACGUCAAUUGUGUCCGCGUCGUCGGAGAGUAGUUGGCUUGGACCUGAAUUUGGAAUACUCCAACGAGUGUACGACGACUGCCAGGAUAAGAAUGACAUUGUCGGUUGCCUCAAAGGGAAGGCACUGACCGCCAUCUCAAAAGCCGUCGAUCAGGAAUCUCUCUCAGUGCUUGACGGGAUAUCGUUUGUCAAGCAGAAUGAGACGGAACAGACCCCGUCUAUCGCGGAGGGACGUUUCUUGAGCGGACUGAACGGCAUCGAUCGUGCCUUGGUGCAGAAAUUUGAUAAAUUCUUCCGCACACACUCAUUAAAGGUUGACCUGAGCGAAGCUCGCCAGAGGGGCGAAGGAAUUGGUGGACACGGUCAUGGUCACUUUGGUGGCGGCCAUGGUGGUGGCGGUGGCGGCGGCGGUAUUGCCAACAAAAUUGCCACGAAAAAGGCUGGUAAGAAGGUCGGUCGAUAUGUUAUGGCCGCUCUUCUCACCGCUAUGGGAAUCGCUGGACCACUUGGUCUUAAGGCUCUGGCUGCCAUCGCUGGGAAAGCUCUGGUUAUUAGCAAGGUGGCUCUCACUAUCGCUGGAAUUAUCGCCCUUAAGAAAAUAUUCUCAAGCGACCAUCAUGAGGAGACCAGCUUCCAAGUGCACGCCUCAGGUGAUCACAAUAGGCGCAACACAUACCUCGUGCGUCCAGUGAAGGCAGCUAGCAAUGCCCAAUAUGUCGAUCCCUACAGAUACUACUACGAACACUACCCAUCAUCUCAUGUCAACUAAUUCCAACAUCAGUGAUCCUCAAUUUUCCUAACCCAUUCCAAUCCUUUAUCCAUUGUGACAUAUCUUACUCACCGUGAGAUUUGCCCACAUUAAAUCCCAAUUCCAUGUCAAUAUUGAGAUCCCAUAAUCCCUUAAACUGACCAGUCCAUUUCGACCCGAUAUCGCUAAUUUAUUUGACGGUAUUUUUUAGUGAAUUGUUAACAUUUUUUUACCACUAAAUAUUACAUGUGUAAUAGAAACGAGGAAUUUGUUUUAAUUAAUUUAUUAUUUAUUAAUGGAUGAUGAUGAAGAUCAGUGAGGCAGCUAUCAGACCAAAAUAUUACUCAUUAGAAAGUAAUGGAAAAGUAAGUUUGACGAAAACUGACUCAUUCGUGUCAGCAAACUACUUUCUUCCGAAUCCUAAUUAAAAAUAUUUUUAACGUAAUAAGUGUUAGAAAAAAAUUAUUUAUAUUCAUUUUUUUUUAAAUUUUGUAUAUAUCUUUUUUACGUAUACACAUUUUUUACGCGAAAAUCUAAAACGAAAAUCUUUCUAAUACCAUGUAAUCCAAUAAAAAUGAAAAAGAACAAACGUGAAAAAUUAUAAAAAUCUAUUGAAUUAUUAAAAGAAGAUGAUUAAUUUC